UUCGUUGAGGUAAAGAAAUUUUACUUGCAAAUUGCCCUUACAUAUAGCCAUCUGACUUGCACAAGCUUUUCAUAAUUACAGCGAAGCAUUGCCGUGAGCAAUAAGGAACUUUUCUAAAAAUGUUGGACUUGAUAUGUAUUUCAGUGGCAGCAAUCGUAAUAGGUUACAAAAUCCUAUCACGAAAGAACUACCAGCUCAAUCGCCAUGGAUCAUUUGCUCCAGUUCGUGAGAACAGCAAAGCUCUAUGGUAUGUUGACGGCAAGGAUUACAUGUCCGCUGUGGCUGAUGCUAUCGAGACUGCCGAAGCAGAAAUUCUGAUACCCGACUGGCAAAUGAAUCCUGAAAUCUUUAUGAAAAGACCUGAUUCCGGAGUUGAUAGCUUGUAUUGGCGACUGGACAAGAUGUUGUUGAGAAAGGCUGACGAGGGCGUUCGAGUGAAAAUAUUAUUAUACAAGGAGUUGCAACAAGCUAUAGAUCUUGGAAGCAGUCACGUCGUGAAACUACUUGAUAAUCAUGAUAACAUCGAAGUUCACCGUCAUCCUGAUUUCAUCACUGGAGCACUGAAUUUGUUUCGCUGGAGUCACCAUGAGAAGAUAGUCAUUGUUGAUGGUAGUGUUGCUUUUGUUGGCGGUAUUGAUCUAUGCUAUGGUCGCUGGGACACUCGUAAACACGAAUUGAUGGAUGAAUACCCCAUACAUUCAGCUGUGAACGGAAGCGAAGUUUCAGAUGACCAAGAGAAUCCUCGUAGUCAUAGAAACCAUGCUCGGUGGAUUGGCAAAGAUUACAGAAACACGUUUUAUAACAAGAAGAAUGAAACGGAUUGGGACGAACCAUUGAAGGGUUACGAUGGUGUUGAUAGAAAGGAAAUUCCUCGCAUGCCUUGGCAUGAUGUAAGCUGUGCGUUCACUGGAGAAGCUGUUUAUGAUUGUGUGUCUCAUUUCAGAGACAGAUACAAUGUUAUUACCAAAACUUGGUGGGCGAGAUAUCUGGACGUGUUUCACCGCUACUUUCAAAGCACUGCUUACCGUGCAAGAGAACGUUUUGCAGGCAAAAAAACCAAAGCGGAAGAAAUCGUGUUCAAAUCCGGCGGCCAUAACGUAAGUAUUCAAAUGCUAAGAUCUGUGGACAACUGGUCGGCUGGUGUGAAACACGAGGACUCCAUAUAUUGCGCUUAUUUGGAUGCGAUAAAGAAUGCUCAACACUUCAUCUAUAUUGAAAACCAGUUCUUCAUUUCAUCCCAAGAUGGUAUCUUACUAAAAGUUAAAAACCAGAUCCAGUCAGCGCUUGUUGAAAGGAUUGUCCGCGCCCACAAAGCCAAUGAAGAUUUUCAUGUCAUGAUUAUUAUUCCCAUUAAACCCGAAUUCCCUGGAGAUUUGGACGACGAAGAUGCGAAUGGAAAAGCUUUACGAACUGUGACUUUUUGGAUUGAAAGCACUCUUUUCGAAGGAGAAGAUUCGCUAUUUAGUAAACUCGAGAAAGAAAAUAUUUCACAAGAAUCUGCAAUGAAGUACUUCUCUCUAUUCAGCCUGCGUACAUACGAUCUGAUAGGAACGCGUUUCGUUACUGAGAUUGUGUAUGUUCAUAGUAAAAUCAUGAUAGUCGAUGAUCGUUUAGCAAUCAUUGGAUCCGCCAAUAUCAAUGAUCGCAGCAUGCUGGGAGGAAGAGAUUCUGAAGUCGCUGUCUUGAUAGAGGAUUUGGAAUAUCUGGAUGGUAAAAUGAAUGGUGUAGAUUUCAAGAUGGGGAAAUUUGCACAUAGCUUGAGAUGUGAUCUACUGAAGGAGCAUUUAGGAGUAGUCGGGGACAACGAGGAGUAUAUAAGUAUCGAUGAUCCCCUGGGCAACAAUUCUAUUAGAAAUAUACGUCAUCGCGCAUCAAAAAAUAACGAUUUGUUUGAAGAAGCGUUUGGCACAAUUCGGAAAGUUAAUUUUGAAGAUGUUGAAGCAACAUACUGUUCUCAAGAUAUUUCUUUGUUAUGUGAAAAUACUGAGUCUGAACGGAAAAUUCUCGAGCAAAUAACAGGAAAUCUGGUUAAGUAUACACCGUUGGCGAAAAUACCGGCACCUUCAAAUAUAGAAGUCGUCCAUGUCAUGGCUAAAAUGGAGGCUCUUACUGCACGCGUAGAACAAGAAAAAGUUGAAGUCGUAUACAAACUGAUUGAUAGCAGCAUCGAAACGUUCAAUUGAUCAGGAAUUCACAUUCAUUUAUGACAAA